UCGCCCAGGACCAAAUUCGCCUCGGUUUCCAGCGCUGGGCGUCGGGUCAAGUUUUUUGGGCGAAUCCCCCCCUCCGCCGCUCCUCCCCCCUCCCCCCGCAGCUGGUUUCCGGUGGGGCCGCGGCGGGGCUCGGCUUGGAGAUUGGCAGGUCUCCUAAGAUGGCGGACGCAGGCGACGGAGCCGGAGGGAUGGCUGGAGCGGGAGGCGCUGCCCCCGCUGCGAAACCCUCGGAGUUGGCCAGGUGGUGGGACGAGAAGCUUGACUUUCAUACCGCCUUUCUUCAGCAUCUGGCAAAAGUUGUUCCGGACAUUUAUUUUGAUGAAAUGGAUCCCUUGCCAGAAAAGGAGGAAGAAAUAGCUCAGAUGACCAUACUUUACCCUCUGGAGUGGUAUCUGUUCGGUGAAGAUCCAGAUAUCUGUCUAGAGAAGCUACGGCAGAGUGGCACUCCUCAGCUCUGUGGAAAGGUGUUCAAAGGUGGAGAGACAACAUAUUCAUGCAGAGACUGUGCAAUUGAUCCAACUUGUGUACUCUGCAUGGAUUGUUUCCAGAACAGCAUUCACAAAAACCACCGUUACAAGAUGCACACUUCUACGGGAGGAGGUUUUUGUGAUUGUGGAGAUACAGAAGCAUGGAAGACUGGACCACUGUGUACAAAUCAUGAGCCUGGAGCAGCAGGAAGCACAGAAGAGAACGUGGAAUGCCAGUUGAAUGAAGAGCUAAUAGCGCAAGCAAGAAAAAUGUUCCCUUCAGUGAUAAAAUAUAUUGUAGAUAUGACUGUUUGGGAGGAAGAGAAGGAGCUGCCUCCAGAGCUCAUAACUAGUAGAGAGAAGCUGGACAAAUACUACUGUGUCCUUUUCAAUGAUGAACAUCAUUCUUAUGACCAUGUUAUCUAUAGCCUACAAAGAACUCUUGGCUGUGAGCUUGGAGAAGCCCAGAUAUAUACUGCUGCUAUAGAUAAAGAGGGCCGGAAGGCUGUCAAGGCAGGAUCGUAUGCUGUUUGCCAGGAAGCAAAAGAAGAGAUUAAGAAACAUUCGAACAACGUUUCCCAAGGUCCCCUAAAUGUUAAGGUUCUUCAUGCUGAUAUUAUGGCUCACCAGAAAUUUGCUCUGCGUCUUGGUUCCUGGUUAAACAAACUUAUGAGCUACUCAAGUGACUUUCGUCAGAUCUUUUGUCAAAUAUGUCUAAAAGAAGAAAUUGAUUCAGAGAAGCCUUGUCUUAUAAGCACAUUGAUGCUUUGGGAUGCAAAACUUUACAAAGGAGCCAGGAAGAUCUUGCAUGAACUAAUCUUCAGCAGUUUUUUCAUGGAAAUGGAGUACAAAAAAAGGUUUGCCAUGGAAUUUGUUAAGCAUUACAAAAAACUACAGAGCGAAUACAUCAGUGAUGAUCAUGAAAGGCAAAUUUCCGUGACAGCACUUUCGGUUCAGAUGUUCACCGUUCCUACAUUGGCCCGCCACCUCAUUGAAGAGCAAAAUGUAAUCUCUGUCAUAACAGAGACGCUGCUUGAAGAGCUCCCCAAAUAUCUGGAUAAAAAUGGCAAAUUCAACUUCCAGGAUUACAGCCAAGAGAAAAUGGGUCGAGUAUAUGCAGUCAUAUAUGACCUCAAGUAUAUUUUAAUCAGUAAGCCUACAGUGUGGACAGACAAACUGCGAGAGCAGUUUUUGGAAGGGUUCCGUUCUUUUCUGAAGAUUCUUAUUUGCAUGCAGGGCAUGGAGGAAAUAAAAAGGCAAGUUGGUCAGCACAUUGAGGUGGAUCCAGAUUGGGAAGCAGCCAUUGUCAUCCAGAUGCAACUGAAGAUUAUUCUCCUGAUGUUUCAGGAGUGGUGUGCCUGCGACGAAGCACUGUUGGUGACUGCUUACAAGGAAUGCCAUGCAACAGUAUUGAGAUGUAGUGCAAGUAAUUAUUCAUGGGACAAGACAGUGAUUCAUUUAUGUGGCCAUACUUUGGAAAACAAGCGCUUCAGGGUGUCUGCAGAUCCUGUCAGCAUACAUCUACCAUUGUCCAGGAUGCUUGCUGGUCUGCACAUACAGUUGAGCAAAACAAAUGUAAUCUCCAGACUCCAAGAAUUCAUAACAUCUGAAGAAUUCCAGGUGCAGAUGUUGGUGGAAUAUCCUUUGCGUUGUCUAGUAUUGGUUGCUCAGGUUGCUGCCGAAAUGUGGAGAAGGAAUGGGCUGUCUCUGAUAAGCCAGAUGUUUUAUUAUCAGGAUGUUAAAUGUCGAGAAGAAAUGUAUGAUAAGGAUAUAAUUUUCCUUCAGAUUGGGGCAUCACUUAUGGAUCCAAACAGUUUCCUCUUGCUUGUACUCCAACGAUAUGAACUGCUUGAUGCCUUUAAGAGAAUUGUGCCAACCAAAGACCAGGAUUUGAAUAAGCAGUGUAACACAUUAAUAGAAGAGAUGCUUCAAGUUCUUAUCUACGUGGUGGGGGAAAGAUAUGUGCCAGGAGUCAGUAAUGUGACAAAAGAUGAUGUUACUAUGCGAGAAAUUAUUCAUCUGCUUUGCAUUGAACCAAUGGCUCACAGUGCUAUCGCAAAAUCUUUGCCCAAGGAUGAAAACAAUGAGACUGGUUUGGAGAAGGUCAUCCACAAAGUGGCCAUAUUCAAGAAACCAGGUGUAUCAGGCCAUGGAGUCUAUGAACUGAAGGAAGAAUGCCGCAGAGAGUACAAUAUAUUCUUUUACCAUUACACCAAAACACAGCGCAGCAAGGCUGAGCAUAUGGAAAAGAAAAGAAGAGUGCAAGAAAACAGAGAUGAAGCACUACCACCGCCUCCUCCGCCUGAAUUCAGCACUGCUUUCAGAAAUGUGGUGAACGUUCUGAAUUCUGAUGUCAUGAUGCAUAUUCUCAGAACUGUGUUGCAAAGAGCACUAGAGCUAGAAAGCCACUUGUGGACAGAAGCCAUGAUCCAGAUGGUUCUUCACCUUCUUGCUUUGGGCCUACUUGAAGAAAAGCAGCAGUUAGAGAAGGUUCCAGAGGAAGAAGUGGCCUUUGACUUCUACCACAAAGCAUCAAGAAUGGGAAGCUCUGCUUUGAAUGCAAUGAACAUACUAAUGAUUUUGGAAAAACUAAAAGGAAUUCAACCUCUGGAAUCGCAAAAAGACAUGAUCAACUGGGUAUUACAGAUGUUUGACACAAUAAAACGGCUGAGAGAGAAGUCAUCGUUUCCCACAGCAGCCAUUGCAUCUGGGCCAGAAUCUGCAAAAGCCAAUGAGAUGCAAAGAACUCAGGACAAGGAAAAGGCUGAGAGGAAGAGAAAGGCCGAAGCAGCCAGGCUUCAUCGCCAGAAGAUCAUGGCCCAGAUGUCUGCUUUGCAGAAGAACUUCAUUGAAACUCACAAGCUCUUAUAUGAAAAUACUCAAGAAACACAGGGGAGGGAUGUUAUGGAAGAGGAGAGCCCACCAAUUAUAGAUUAUACCAGAAUUGCCUUGGGACCCAAGCAAGGGCCAUCUGUUGCAGAAAAGGAAGUGCUGACAUGUAUUCUGUGUCAGGAAGAGCAGGAAGUGAGGUUAGAGUGUGCUGCCAUGGUUUUAUCUGCCUGUGUCCAGAGAUCCACUGCCUUAACCCAACAUAGAGGGAAAAUGCUUGAACUUUCUGGGGAUAAAAUAGAUCCUCUUUUCAUGGAUCCUGACUUGUCAUGUGGAACUCAUACAGGAAGUUGUGGUCAUGUGAUGCAUGCUGCCUGCUGGCAGAAGUACUUUGAAGCCAUUCAGUUAAACUCUCGGCAGCGACAUCAUGUCGAACAAGUUUUUGACUUGGAGAAUGGAGAGUACCUCUGCCCACUUUGCAAAUCUCUGUGCAACACUGUGAUACCCAUUCUUCCUUUGCAAACACACAAGAUAAACAGUGAGGAUGCCGAGGUGGUGGUUCAGCUUCUAUCUUUGAAAAAAUGGAUAGAGAUUGUUAUGGCCAGGAUAUCUGGUUACAACAAGAAAAACCCUGAAGAAGGAAAACAGAUUGCUCCAUCUUUACGUGACAUAGAAAUGGAAGAGACUUCAUCUGAUUUCCAUUCCAUUCUUAGCUUUGGAGUAGAUCCUUUAGUUAAGUAUUCUAAUAGUAUCAAGGAGAUGGUGGUUCUAUUUGCCACUGCAAUUUACAGAAUUGGAUUAAAAGUUGCACCCAAUGAAACUGAUCCACGCAUUCCUAUGAUGACUUGGAGCACAUGUGCGUUUACUAUCCAGUGUUUAGAGAAUCUUCUGGAAGACGAGGGCAAGCCUUUAUUUGGUUCUCUGCAAAACCGUCAGCACAGUGGUCUUAAAGCAUUGCUGCAGUUUGCAGUUGCUCAGAGGAUUACAUUGCCACAAAGCCUGAUCCAGCAACAUCUUGUACGUCUUCUAGGAGUUCUUCUGCCCAGUUUAAAAGCGGAAGACACACCAUCCCUUCUAGACGUGGAUCUGUUUCAUGUUUUGGUUGGUGCUGUGUUAUCAUUUCCAUCUUUGUAUUGGGAGGAUACUGUGGACUUACAACCUUCAUCGAUCAGCUCUGCCUGUAACAAUCUCUACCUCUUCCACUUGGUCACUAUGGCACACAUAACCCAAAUUAUUCUCACUACAACUACAGAGUGCCUGUCUGCACAAGUACAGCAUGACAGUGAGGAAGCACGAGCAGCUGAUUCUUUCUGUAAAGAAAUUUGCAGGUACACAAGUGGUUGUUAUAGCCAAACAGUUGCAGGCUGGUAUUUGUGGGAUUGCAUUAAGAAGGGCAUCAUGCCCUACCUCCGUUGUGCUGCUUUGUUUUUCCACUAUUUGCUGGGAGUGCCUCCUCCAGAAGAACUUUCAUCAGUUUCAGAAGAAGGCCAGUUCAAGGCUCUUUGUGGAUACUUGUCUCUACCCACCAAUCUGUUCUUGCUUUUCCAAGAAUAUUGGGAUACUAUAGAGCCCUUACUCCAGAGGUGGUGUGCGGAUCCAGCUGUACUCAGCUUUCUGAAGGGGAAAAGUAUUGGAAUAAGGUACCCAAGAAAAAGAAAUAAAUUGGUAGAGCUUCCAGAAGACUACAGUUGCCUUCUCAAUAAAGGCUCUCAGUUUAGAUGCCCUCGAUCCUCUGAUGAUGAAACCAAGCACCCCGUGUUGUGCUUGUUCUGUGGGGCUAUGCUAUGCUCUGAAAAUACCUGCUGUCAGGAGCUGGUGAAUGGGGAGGAGCUGGGAGCCUGCACUUCACAUGCUGUCCACUGUGGUGCUGGAGUGUGCAUUUUUCUCAAAAUCAGGGACUGCAAAGUUAUCUUAAUAGGAGGGAAAACCAGAGGCUCUUUCUAUCCUGCACCAUAUCUAGAUGAAUAUGGAGAAACAGACCCAAAUCUGGCGCGAGGCAAUCCUCUGCAUUUGUGUCAUGAAAGGUACAGGAAACUCCACUUGCUCUGGCAGCAACACUGCAUCAUAGAAGAGAUUGCUCGAAGCCAGGAAACUAAUCAGAUCUUCUUUGGAUUCAACUGGCACCUGCUCUGAGUGUCAGGCUCUUCUAGUUUACUAUGACUGAGUCUCUUUAAAAUUUACACAUGAAAUAAUAAGAUGCUUAUUUUAAGGAGAAAUCCCUAGCCCACUAAACUAAACAGUUUUUGGUGGGUGAACUUUGCUUAGAGAAAUAUGCAUGCACACAACCUCUCAGUGUGAUUAUUGAUUGAUCAGAACCAGAAAUUGCUGGGUUCUGUAGAACCGGGUUGGUCAGUGGAUGUCUUUGGGGAAUUACUUUUCCACCGGAGUCUGCUUUUCAUAGGACUAAUUUAGGUGCUUCAAUUUUCCGCCUGUCAUCUUUCGAUGAAAGGAUCAGAUAAUAUUUCCCUUCAUGUAUAUCAGCAGCAGUUCAGAAUAGAACUGCUAUUACUUAAACGGCUCCAGUGCAUCUGAAUAUGAGAACAAUGUACUUAAACCUAUUUAAUCCUUCCUCCCACAACUCUGCAUCUGGCUUCCUCCUCCAGUUUAGCAACACUCAGAGUAGCCACACCCUGUGAUUGGCUGGUCUGUGACUUAUUCUUAGGGGAAGUAGUGUUACCAAGCAUCUAGUAAUCCAUAGGAACAGUGUGAGGAUGGAGCACAGA